AUGGUCGCAUGUCGGCAUCAAGGAUGCGCCGAGCGUGCGUCGUCCGGCGUUGAAGGGGGUCGCGUUAGGGCGGCAGAAUUCUGCUCUGGGCACGCGGAAAACGGGAUGGUAGACUUCUGCAAGAAGACCGGCGGCCGUCCAGGCUGCUGCAUGGAACAUCCGUCGUGCGGUAUGGAGGGUUCCAAGAACUGCUCUCGUCACGGCAAUCCGGGGAUGAUGGUGAACCUCGAUGUGAAGAGGUGCGGCCAUCCGGGAUGCACCAAGUGGCCGUCGUACGGCGUAGAGGGUUGCAAGAUGGCAGGUCUCUGCCCUCAGCUUACGAAGGACAGAAUGACCUAUGUAGUGGAGGGGAGAGGGCAGAGCCCGCGGCAGCAUGCAGACGACAACGAAACCCUGCCUUUCGGCGUGGGCGGUGGCAAGACGGCGGAGUUCUGCUCACAUGCGCAGGCGGCGAAUACGGCUAACGUCGGUCAGCUAGGCCGCAAGCGUCCAGCUUGUGUGGUGGAAGGCGCGCCGACCAUCAAGCUCGGUGCAUCCAACUCGAAGGCUGGGAUGGCGGACGUCGUAGCCAGCAAGAGAAGGAAGCUGUGCAACCAUCCCGGGUGCAACACGAAGCCUCUGUUCGGGGAAGAGGGGACCGACGAGACCAAGUUCUGCGCGCAUCACUCGAAGCCGGGCAUGGUGAACUUGACCACCAAGAGGUGCGGCCACAGCGGCUGCGACGCGACACCGUCGUACGGCGUGGAAGGCUCCAAGGUUAGGGAGUUCUGUCCGCGUCACGCCAAGCCAGGCAUGGUGGAUGUCGUCGCCAAGAGGUGCGGCAACGCAGGGUGCACGACGAUGCCGUCGUACGGGGUCGACGGCAGCAAGAUGGCGGAGUUCUGCCCGCGGCACGCGAAGGACGGAAUGGUAGAUGUCUUCAAGAGGAAAAGGUUCAAGCUCACUACGGCGAGCUUGGCAGCCAAGCAAGCGAACAAGAAGCGUUUACAUUAUGAGAAGAAUAAGGAGGGCAAGAAGACGGAGAACGCUAGAGUGGAUGAGGACGACACACUGCCCGGUCGUUCCGGCGAGCGGCAAAGCAGGGCGAUAAAGAGGAGAGCGAAGGAGGAGGGCAAGGAGACGGAGGACAAGGCGAGGGUGGAUGAGGAUGACGAAUUUGUUCGACGCUCUGGCGGCGAGCGGCGCAGCAGGGUGAUGAAGAGGAGAGCGAAGAGGACCCCCCGGCGCGGCAGCGCUGCUGAGCGGGAGGGCAGGGGUGCUGAGGCUCGCCGAACCGAGGCCGGGGAGAAGCGGAAGAGAGCCCUGUUCCUGGGAGUGACCUUCGUGGAAGAACACGACGCCGAGUUCCUCGGCGAGCGAGCCAAGAGAGUGAGGCGCUUCAAGACCUUGGAAAAGAAGCUGCGCAACAAAGUUACGGAGGGCAACAUGAAUCCGUUAAGGGACACGGUUAGGGUGCUGGCGACGGAGACGCAAGGGUACAGGGUUAGCUGCGUCAGCAAGGUCUCGGUAUCGAGAGGGCCCGGCAGCAGUGCGGCAAAGGGCCGCCCGGCGAGCCGGAGGCAUCUCCUCGAGACCGACAUGUCCAACACGACAGCAUCCAGAGGACUCCUGCGAAGCGUGAAGGGGAAGUGGGGCGACGUCAAGUUUGAGAAGGUGCUCCUGGACCACUUCUGGCUGCCGGACUCGGAGACAUGGCUGAACAAGAACUACAUGGCUAAUGACGGGGGGCUGAUCAGAAACCUGAUCAGUAUGACCAAGCCCGAGACGCGGCUGCUCAGCGACGACUUUGAGGUCAUACUGCCGAUCAAUCGGGGGUUCUUGGAGCUUUUGCUGCCGCACUUCUCGAAGCUGGACAAGCACUUCACGGUGGCGUUCCUGGUGGGACAGGGGCUCAAUGACCUGAAAAAGAGCCACCUCGCCCUCCAGGCCGGCGAUCUCAUCCCCGAUGACAUCAUGAUGGGGGUCUACGGGAAGAACAAGGAACGCCAGGACCCCGACGCCCGAUUUUGUCGAGAUGGAGGAAAAUGCUUCGGCCAAGUUCGUGGACCAUUUGGCCCGCGGUGUCGCACAGAUGGCGGUUCCUUCGUCAACGAUGCCGGUUGA